UACUUGCAUAAGAUCAAUAAAACUUAGCAACGUCACCAAUUUCUGUACAGUCACAUGGUGAACGAGAACGGAACAGCAGCAGCAGGAGGAGCUUGGUGAAGGAAGCAUUUGUCAUUAGCACUUUGGAGUCGAUCUUCAGUGAAAGCAGAAUUCAGAGGGUGAUCUGAGCUAAUGGAGGGGAAGGUUACAAGCAACGCUCCCCCUGCCUACCCUGCAUCUACGCAGCCACCAGGUUACCAUGGAAACCCAGCUUAUCCACCAGGGCCUCCGAUGGCAGCUCCAAUGGCCCCUCCGUACCCUGUCGUGAUUGGUCAACCUCCUGUGGUGGUGCAGGCGGUGUAUGUGCAGCCAUCUCGGAACCUCGGUCCUCAACCGAUGCAGAUAACCUGUUCCUCCUGUCACCAAGUGGUGCUAACGCAAGUCAACCACACUCCUGGAGCACUGACAUGGCUUAGUUGUGGAGGUCUCUUCCUGGUCGGGUGUAUGCUUGGCUGCUGCCUGAUCCCAUUUUGUGUGGAUAGCCUCCAGGAUGUGGAACACAGAUGCCCCAAUUGUGCAGCUCACCUUGGGAACUACAAACGCCUGUAAAACAUUGCUUCAAGAUCUGGCCGUUUUCAUAAGUUCUCGGAGCAGAAUUAGGCCAUUCGGCCCCUCGUGUAAAUUGCCAUUCAAUCAUGGCUGAUCUAUCUUUCCCUCUCAAGCCCAUGCGUAUAUGCCUUCUCCCCAUAACCCCUGACUCCCGUACUAAUCAAGAAUCCGUCAAUGUCAGUCUUUAAAAAAAUAUCCAUUGACGACCUCCACAGCCAUCUGUGGCAAUGACUUCUACAGGUUCUACACCCUCUGACUAAAUAAAUUCCUCCUCAUCUGCUGCCUAAAGGUACGUCCUUUAAUUCUGAGGCCGCUGGUCAUAGACUUUCCCCUCUAGUGGAAACAUAAUU